UUCCCAUUAAGUCGAGGAUUGGGACAUCCAAGUUGACGGUAUCCGACGGUGAAGAGCAGCGCGAUAGCCGUUGGACGGUGUCAAUCAACGGCUACUCGUGGCAGCCGCUGGCCAGUCACUGUUAAGCCGUGUCGGGACCUGCUCGCUCGUCGAUAAGGCACUGUUACUGUUCCUGAAUUUCCAGACUUUUUUUUUAACCUGAUCCUUCUGAAUUCAAUGAGGUACUGGCAUUUUGUACCUUCACCUGGAUGUUUGGAGUCUUGCUUAGGUAGGGGUCCUAGCUUCCUCUUUCUCCUGAGUCCGCUGCAUUACAAACAAAUCUUUCGAUGACUAAAGGCCUGAUACUCUGGUCCUGCUGCUCCUGCUCCUGUGAGAAUAAAAAUGCUGUUCGAGUUGAGUUCUUUUUCCUGUGUCCAUCUGUUUUCGUUUUAGUUUUCCUCUGCCUUGUUCAAGCUGUUACUAGUUGAAUUACCUUGCUAUGGCUAAAAGGUUUGGUUAACCAGGCUAUCUACAUUGUUGAAGAACGAAAACCAACAAAGAAGGAAAAGAAGCAGAGAGCAAGAGGAAAGACAAUGGUGAACAGGAGGAUUCUCCUCCAGAACUCUUCGACAGACAUUGAAUCCGCGACGGGGAUAGCUCCUAGUAAUGGCACAAGUGAUGCGGGCGAUAGCAGCAGCAACAGGACCAGCAUUGCGAUAAUCAUCUCCAUUAUCACUUCGUCCCUGGCCCUCUUUGUUCUUCUCCUAGCGUUCGCUUACUUCUUCUACAUGAGGCACAAAUUGAAGACGAGAAGAACUUUCAGUGCAAAGGGAAGCAAAAACAGUAUGGACACUUACAUUCGCAGCGAACGAGAAGAGGUGUCGAAAGCACAAGUUUUCACCUACAAGCAGCUCCAGUCUGCAACCAACAACUUCAGCCCGUUAAACAAAAUUGGCCAUGGCGGUUUUGGACUGGUCUAUCGCGGGGUUUUACCGGACGGCAGACUUGCUGCAGUAAAGCUCAUGGACAGGCAAGGCAAACAAGGCGAACGAGAAUUCAGGGUCGAGGUGGAUAUGCUUACUCGUCUCCAUUCUCCAUACUUGCUGGAUUUAAUAGGAUACUGUGCAGACAAGGACUACAGGCUGCUCGUUUAUAGCUACAUGGCAAAUGGAAGCCUUCAGGAACAUCUGCAUUCCAAAGGAAAAAGCACUUUAGACUGGGGAACACGAAUCCUAGUAGCAUUUGAUGCUGCCAAGGGACUGGAAUACCUACACGAGUAUGUCAUUCCUCCAAUCAUCCACCGUGACUUCAAGAGCAGCAAUAUUCUUCUGGAUGAACACAACGAUGUCGUGCUGGCUGAUUUUGGCCUCGCAAAGACCGGGGCUGAUAAAAUUGCGGGCCAACCUUCUACACGAGUUCUUGGAACUCAGGGCUAUCUCGCACCCGAGUACGCCAUGACAGGCCACUUGACAACAAAGUCCGACGUAUACAGUUAUGGGAUUGUUCUCUUGGAGCUCAUAACUGGGAGGCUUCCAGUCGAUGCGAAGCGCCCUCCGGGACAAAACGUGCUCGUUAAUUGGGCUCUUCCACGGCUCACUGAUAGAGAAAAGCUGGCGCAAAUGGUGGAUCCAUAUCUUAGGAGUCAAUACAACAUGAAAGAGCUCGUCCAAGUUGCUGCAAUCGCUGCAAUGUGUGUUCAACCGGAGCCGGACUAUAGGCCUCUUAUCACAGACGUUGUCCAAUCACUGAUCCCUCUUGUGAGACAAAGACGUAUGGGAACUCCCAAGAGAUCGGUGAGCUCCCCGCGCUGCGUUUCUAGUUUGCUAAAAUCUCCGACAACACAAUCACCAGCUUUGAAAGCCAACAUCAAAACUCUGCAAUAGCCAAAGUAAGAAAGCAGUUUCAUUCUAUUUCUUGUGUAUCCAGGGCCGCCGUUGCAUCAAGAAACUCAUCAUAGCGUUGUGUAAGAAAAUUUGUGUUGCUUCUAACAGUGAUAUAAAUCGAAUAGACAGCCGGAUAUGCUCGCCAAUUUACUACCACUCGACGUAUGAGUAUGGAUUUUCUUUCCCCCUUGUCUUCACAGUGUAAAGGAAGGCCUCAUCUUCAUACAUAUGUAUCGUCCCUGUAAAGUCGGUAAGCUAGCUCAGAGAUUGAUUAAAUCGUGUUCUUCCAGCCAGGAGAAAGUUGCAAUCGUGGUUUGUGUGUGCUUUCAACACUUAACUUUAUAUGUUCAGACUUUUAGAACGCAACAAGACAACGACGUUGCCUAGACGACGGGCUCUCAGCAGCUUUUGGAGAACGCUGGACGGUGACAUUACGUUUCAAGAAUAAUACUUCCUAACACUUUUUCCCUCCCAGCUUUUCAAGCGUUCUAAAAGUCGUCAAAUCGACGAUGCAUCCACUGGUCACGGUCAUGGAGAUGGAUGCUUGGAGGGAGCUUCAGAGUCUCAAAUUCUGCGCCAGCCAGCCUUUACGACUCCAACAGGGAAAUUGACAAAAACAGAUGAAGCUGCAUGACUACUUUAAGGAAGACUCACUUGGUUCUCCGAUUACAGCACAAUAAGGCCACUUGCAGGAGGAAGCAGCUUCAAGGAAACGAGGUGAAGGUGCUUGCAACAGCUUUCGCUCGAGGUACCAACAAAAAGAAAAAGGGGAGGAAAGAAAGCUUUUGUUUGCGAUUUGAUUCUCAACUUCUUUUGGAGAGGCCAUUGACAAGUAAACGUUGAUCAGCGCGAAGGAUUCCAAAAUCCUCUCAAAAGCGGGGCAUGAUGAUGGAACAGCCUUGGCCGCAAGAAAGUAAUAAAAUAGAAAAGCCAGCAGCACAAACGUUCGACUUCGGCUGCUUCGAAUCUCUGCAAAGAUGGGGAAUCCAACCGACGGAUUGUACCGCUAAUAGCUGGCUUGCUUUUCUUAAAAAAGCUGGCCCCGGAUUCGGUCACGGACGGGUCUAGAACGAGAGCAAGCGAGAGAACAAGCAACACAACCACUGCAAAAAACAGGAGUGCGCCAUCCUUUUUUCUUCCGCAAUGAUUUCGUCGAGCACUGUUAAGCCGGAUCACGGACUGACAACAUGUGUAGAAGUUUCCGAGCUCUUCCUUCCCAGCGCGGCGAUGAUGAUUCAUGCUUACGGUGGCACCGCGCUGGGUUCGUUAGCCGGUCAAUGCGCUCGAUCAGUCAAAGCAAGCCAAAGCACCGCCAAAGAGCUCUCGCGCGGGAGCAGCGCACUCACAGCCCACAAUCCAAAUCGCUCCAUUCACACUAGUGCCCAGCGGUGACGCCACCGGCUCGUCAGCAGCUCGUCAACGCUUCCAUUGACCACGGUUGACUGACUGGCCAACGAGAGCUUCGCGCGCUCGUUGGUCCAGAAAAAGAAUUGACCGGCCGCAAGAACAAGAUCGGCUCUUUAAAAGAAAUGCCAGUCUUGCGGGGAUUCCCUUUCCAUUCU